UCCGUCAGGCCCGCCUCUUCGCGCUUUCCCCUCUCCUCCUGCCUUAGGCCCACCCUCUCCCAGUCCCUCCCCUAGGGAAGGCCGUAGCCGGGGAGGCGGCAGCGAGAUGUCGGCGGCUCCGCUCUACCUGAGCGCGGCCAAGGUGGCGCGGCUGCUCGAGUUGCCGGGGCUAUUGCCGCUGCUGGAGGCGGCGCUCGGCCGCUUCUCGAGCGGGGACGGCGGGGUGGAGCAGCCGGUGCGGAGCACGGUGGCAUUGCGGCGCUACCGCGGCUUCCUAGGGGUGAUGCCAGCCUACAGUGCGCAGGACGACGUUUUGGUGACAAAAAUACUCAGGUUUUACCAAGGGACUGAUUCAGUUCAUCUCUCAACUGUGCUGCUGUUUGAUCCCUCCAAUGGAGUCUUAAAGGCGGUGAUGGAUGGCGUAGUGAUCACGGACAAACGAACGGCCGCGGUGUCCGCCAUAGCAACCAAGUACCUGAGACCUCAGAGCCUGGAUGUGCUGUGUAUCCUGGGGACGGGUGCUCAGGCCGUGAGCCAUUACCAGAUCUUCACUCAGAUCUUCCCGUUUAAACAGGUGAAGGUGUGGAGCCAAACCCGCGAGCGGGCAGAGAGAUUUGCACAGAGGGUGGCGGGUCCCGUGCAAGUGUGUGGAUCGGCUCAGGAGGCUGUCAGUGGUGCAGACGUGGUAAUCACAGUGACCAUGGCCACUGAACCAGUGCUGUUUGGGCAGUGGGUCAAACCCGGAGCCCACGUCAAUGCUGUUGGGGCCUGCCGACCUGACUGGCGGGAGCUGGACGACGCGCUGAUGAGGAAUGCUGUCCUCUAUGUGGACAGCAGGGAGGCUGCUGCCUGCGAAUCUGGAGACGUCAUUCUGUCGGGGGCGGAGAUCUUUGCAGAGCUGGGAGAGGUGAUUGUGGGGAAGAAGCCAGCCCUGUGCGACAAGACCACAGUUUUCAAAUCGCUGGGAAUGGCCAUUGAAGACGCGGUAACAGCAAAACUGGUCUACGACCGCUGGGAAGCUGAAAACAGUCAGAAGCCAUGACGAGAGUCUCCCACUGACGGCUGCAGGUGGAUAACAAGGAACCUUACGGAAAGGGAGAGUUUAAUUCUUUGCCUUAAUUGAUUUUUUUGUUGUUAUGAAAUACAUUGGUGACAUUUAUGAAACCCUUAGAUAGGCACAUGGAUGAAAGAAAAAUGAAAGGCUCUGUGUGAGGGGUGAGUUAGAUUGAUCUUGGAGUAGGUUAAGAUGUCAGCACAAGGGCCUGUACUGCGCUGUCCUGUUCUAUCUGAUCCUGUUUAAAGAAACAUUGAGUAAAGUUAGGGCCUUUGAUUAUAUUCCUACAAGAUCAAACCCAUUUGUCCCCUUGUGCUUGCUCCAGCAUUCGACUCCAUGUUCCUCGCAUCCCAUAGUGACUAAAAAAUCAAUUUGAAUAAGACAUAGGAGCAGAAUUAGGCCCUUUGAUCUGUCAACUCUGCUCUGCCAUUCCAUCAUGGUUGAUUCAUUAUCCCUCUCAACCCCAUUACCUGUCUUCUGGCUGUAUCUCUCAUGCCCGACUAAUCAAGAAUUUACAAACCAAGGCUGAGUGACCUACUCUGUACCUGUUUUCUUAUGUUCUUUCACCAAACCCCUAAUAUUUAAAUGACUUAAAUACAAUCAAUAACCGCACCUCCAUACCUGCUUUACUUAGAGAAUUACAAAGAUUCACUACCUGCAAAGAAAGAGUUAAAUUUGAUUCCUCCUUGGUAUAUGCUAAGACGUGCAACACAAAAUGGAGGUACGUGCGACAAAAUGGAGUCAGCUUGGAAUGGAGUGAUAUCCUGGAGAUGCGCGUGGACGCACAUCCUUGAGAUAAGGUAUCGGUAAAGACCUUCCCUCUCAGUUUCUAAGUGAUCUGCCUAGGCCAAAGGUCGCGAGAGAUAAGGAUGUACGAGCUGACACCACUCGGGGACGUAGAAGUAGUGGGGUAAAUGUUAUUUUUUUCUGAAGGGCUUAAAAGGGGCAAUUUCUUCAUGCAAGUGAGAAUCUUCUCUGGCUGGGUUGCAACUAGGAGUUGGAGAUAAGAGACAAGGAGGGAGGGAAGGGGAGAGAAUUAAAAAAAACACAACUGCCAGGCCUCACUGGUUCCCUCCAGCAAAAUGUUGUGUGGUUUAGUGAUUGGUUGAUAAGUGUUAUUUAGUCUCUUUCAUCACUUUAUUGAUUUAUUUUCCCUUCUGUAUGCUUUAUAUAACACUAAUAAAUCUCAUAACCUUUA